CUAGAAAAAGUGAAGUGGGGGCGACGAUCUUCUUCAACUCACCUCCGCUGCUCUAGGUACGCCACUCAAUUCCACUCCAACAUCGUCUGCCAAUUACUCAAACACUGGCUCUGUUGCUGUGGACAGGCUGCAACAAUGGCGCAAGAGCCAGAAACACCCAAUGGGAUCUCCCCACCUCUAGUUGCUGCUUCCGAUGCACCGUCCCUCAAAAGACCGGCCGAAGUACCCUCAGAAGAAUUGCAUGCGUCGCAGACAAUUUCACACGAAGAGACCACCACAGGUAAAGCUCAAAAUGGUACUGCAAAUGGUAAACACUCCUCAGAAGUCGAUUCUGAAGCACAUGCACCGAAAAGAGCUAGGAUGGAGGAGCCCAAUCAAGAAUCAAAGGACGAACCGGCCAAGGAGCUAGAGGACGGCGCUGCGGAGGUCGAUGGUCGAGAUAGAGUUAGGGGAAUUGCACCGGUCAAGGAAGAGUAGGUUUUAGUUGCCAGACCCGCCUCUUUGGAGCUCCGCCUCUGCGACACCAUUAAUACUAACCAAGGCAGAUAUCUCAUUGAUACAUUCAAUCGCUCGGCCACGACUACAAAUCUUGGUCCUGAUGGUGACGACGAUGCCGAAGCAAAAUCAUCUCGCGACUCAAGAGAUAAUGGUGGGAAAAAAGGGAAAGCAAAGGGUCAAAACAAGGACCGCAAAUUUGGUUCCUGGUACGAUGCUAUCAAGCUCUGCAAUUCCGUAGCUUCCUCCCCCGAGUUCUCGCCGAAGCCAUGCCAAUUUGGGGGAAAAUGCAGAGCAUCUCAUAACUUGAAAGAGUAUUUAGCAAAGGGCAAGAGUGAGGAUUUAGCAACUUUCAAUGGGAAAUGUCCAGUCUACGAGGUCAAUGGACGAUGUCAUGCUGGAUGGAAAUGCCGGUUUGCGGGGAGCCACUCCAAGGAAAUCGAGAGGGAAGACGGCCGAAAAGAGUUGGUUUUGAUAGAGGAUGAGAAUGUGCCAAAGCAAGAUGACGACGACGAAGUUCGAAAGGGUGUUUUCAACGUGAGUAGCUUCGAAGCAACCCCCACUGAGAUCUUGGUCACAAUAGACAUGCGAUGGGCUCGGCCUUAUUUGUUUCAAAUGUUACGUGCUAAACACUUCUGGUAGGUCGUGUCAACCAAGGACAAACUGGACUUGUCGAAAAAAAGAACAAAAUUAGACAAGUCAGAUGCAUGGCUCAAUUGGAUGGAGAAAGACUCGAGAUAUAUGGAGAAAAUCUACCACUCGAAAAAGGACGAAUCUAAGGAGCAAAAAGAAGAAAACAGAGCUCAAUUUGUGGAGCCACCAUUUUUACCAUCUGAAAAGAGACGUUUAUAUUUCGGUCCAGAAACUCCAUUGCUUGCUCCUCUUACAACCCAAGGCAACCUUCCUUUCAGGAGAUUAUGUGUUGGGCUUGGCGCUCAAUUGACCUUUUCAGAAAUGGCAAUGAGCUUACCAUUGAUCCAAGGUCUCAGACCAGAAUGGGCACUAAUGAAAGCACACGAAAGUGAGCUAUCUCCACCACGAUAUACUCCUAAAUCGAUAGUUCAAGGAUAUGAUAAUUCCAAGGACCUCAAAUUCGGUGUGCAAAUAUCAGCCAAUAAGCCCCAAGGAGCUAUUAAGACUACAGAAGUGCUUUCAAAAUUAGUGCCAAACGCACGGGUUAUUGAUCUCAAUUGUGGUUGUCCAAUAGAUCUGGUCUAUCGUUCUGGAGCGGGGUCUGCAUUACUGGAUGCUCCUACGAAAAUGGAAAAAAUGAUCCGUGGUAUGAAUGCCGUGUCAGGAGAAAUUCCAAUAACAGCAAAGAUUCGUACAGGGACGAUGAAGGAUAAGCCAACAGCCCAGAAGGUUAUCGAGCGUUUGGCUUUUGGAAAUUCCGAAACCUAUUCUCGAAUUGGGGCCCCCGGUUGUGCUGCAAUUACCCUCCACGGACGGAGCAGACAACAAAGAUAUACCAAAAGUGCGGAUUGGUCUUACAUCGCCGAAUGUGCUGCGCUAGUCAAGUCAUACAACGAUAAGAAAGAUUCUUUGACUGACACAGCUCGAGAGCCUGACGCACGCACGCUUCCUAAUUCUCCAGGCGGAAAGAUGUACUUCAUGGGUAAUGGAGACUGCUACUCCCACGAACAAUAUUAUGAUGGCAUAGAGAAGGGUGGUGUGGAUUCCGUCAUGAUUGCAAGAGGGGCCUUAAUCAAGCCUUGGCUUUUUGAAGAAAUUGAGAAAGGACAAUACCUUGACAAAAGUGCUUCAGAGCGUCUAGGUUACGUUGAGCAAUUCGUUCGUUUCGGACUCGAAGCUUGGGGGAGUGACGAAGUAGGUGUUGGAACAACCCGAAAGUUUCUCCUCGAAUGGCUUUCCUUUGCAUGUCGCUAUGUUCCAGUUGGCAUCCUAGAACAAUUACCGCCAAGUCUACAGAACAGACCUCCGGCGUAUCGAGGAAGAAAUGAUAUGGAGACUUUGCUUGCUAGUGACAAUUACUUGGAUUGGGUCAAAAUAAGGUAUGCUACUACUGGAUUCAAUCAAGAGAACUGUUGCUAACGAAAAUGCAGUGAAAUGUACCUUGGAAAAGCGCACAAGGACUUCAGAUUUCAACCAAAACAUAAGUCGAACAGUUACGAGAUUGAGGCUGAGGGCUGAUCUACAUUGUUGGAUUUGGCCUACGAAUAAGCGUGGUUGUGCGGGAGAAAGGGACCACAGAGACCAAUUUAGCAGCCCUGGGCUUACAUAGCAGAAAACUGAUAGGCAGUAGUAGCUAGUAUUAGAUACAGAUAGGCAAGCCGAACUCCAAUAAUGCACGAUAAUAGUAUUGACGGUAAGACAAAAAAUAUAAAUUCAUGCU